UCCCUGGUUAUUGACACUUUAACGGAUCCCGGCCACUGCUUUUGCCGUCUGCACGCGCUGACAGAUCAAUGUGACCGUUUCAAAAAUCCCUGUCGCUUCGUUUUCACCCAUUUUUCACUCCUGUGCGCAAGGAUGCCAGUGUUUGCUGGUUAACAGUUGCUAAAUCUGACUCGACUCUCUGCGCGAGGAUUAUACUGAAUGCACUCCGGGCGGCUGAUGCACUUUGGGUGAACUUCUCUUCGCUGCUCGAGACACUUCUACACUCCUGCGUCUCUACAACUCGCGGCAUGGCGGAAAAACGGAGGUCCCCGUGCACUAUGAGCCUCAAGGCCCAUGCGUUCUCGGUGGAGGCGCUCAUCGGCGCCGAGAAGAAGCGGAAACUCGAGGAGGACGACGAAGACAAUGGUGAGAAUUGCUUCGAGGAGGGGAACGAGGUCGCAAGCCUUAACGGGAGUCCGAGGCUGAGAACGGAAAGGUUGUGCGCCAGCACUCGGAGUUGCGAGAUUGAGUGCGCAAGUGACGGAUCCCCUGACUGCGAUGAAGUGUUGCUGGAAAGCCCGCGGCCACCGUCCCAGAGCGCGCCCCUGCUCGUGAGUGCUUCGGGAGAGGAGAUGCGCACGGACCUGCAGGGUUCAGACCUGUGGAAACGGUUCCACGAGAUCGGAACAGAAAUGAUUAUCACCAAAGCGGGCAGGCGGAUGUUCCCUGCCAUGCGCGUCAAGAUAACGGGAUUGGACCCACAUCAACAAUAUUACAUCGCCAUGGACAUAAUCCCCGUAGACAACAAACGAUACAGGUACGUGUACCACAGUUCCAAAUGGAUGGUAGCGGGAAACGCGGAUUCGCCCGUGCCGCCACGCGUCUACAUACAUCCGGACUCGCCCGCGUCAGGCGAGACGUGGAUGCGGCAGGUCAUCAGCUUUGACAAGCUUAAACUGACCAACAAUGAGCUUGACGACCAGGGCCAUGGCGCAAAUGUUUUCCAGAUCAUUCUGCACUCCAUGCACAAAUACCAGCCCCGCGUCCACGUCAUCCGCAAGGAGUGCGGCGAGGAGCUGUCGCCGGUCAAGCCCGUGCCGACCGGCGACGGCGUCAAGGCCUUCGCCUUCCCGGAGACCGUUUUCACCACCGUCACGGCCUACCAGAACCAGCAGAUCACCCGUUUGAAAAUCGACAGAAAUCCCUUCGCCAAAGGAUUCCGUGACUCUGGGAGAAACCGGAUGGGACUAGAGGCACUAGUGGAGUCCUACGCAUUUUGGAGACCAUCACUGAGAACGCUCACAUUCGAGGACAUCCCGGGAAUGACUAAACAAGGAGGUCCCGGUUCUCAUGGAGGUAUGGUGGGCUCGCCGGCACACACACACCUGCUGUCCUCUUCCCCGUGCUCCUCCCCGGCCUUCCACCUGGGCUCGGGCGCCGGACAGGUGUGCGACUACUCCGCCUGCAGCCGGGCCGGUCAUACCCUCCACCGCUACGCCCCGUCCCUCACCGCGGACUCCUACAGCCGACUGACCGGCCCGGUCACCUCGGACGGCUUCGGCUCCACGCGGUCGCCGGCGUACGACGCGGACGGCUUCCCCUGCGGCCAGAGCGGACUGCCCCUCCAGAUCCCCGGCAUGCCGGGCCCCGCGGCCCCUCCGCCGCAGCUCCAGUACCUGAUGCCCGGCGCCGGCCACAGCUCGCCCUUGCUCUCGGCCAAUCAGAGCUCGCAGGGCUCGUACGGCGGCUUCCGCCUGCACAGCCCGUACGGCCUCUACGGCUACAACUUCUCCACGUCGCCACGCCUGGCGGCCAGCCCGGAGAAGAUGACCGCCUCCUCGCAGGGCUCCUUCCUGGGCUCGUCCCCCAGCGGCACGCUGACGGACAGGCAGGUGCUGUCGCCCAUGGACGGCCUCUCCGUGCUCGGGGGAGUGGGCCCGGCGUCCGGCGCUCAGCACCAGAGCCUCUUCGACUCCAGGACUCUCGGGAGUCUGGGGGCCGGGCUGACCAGCUCUGGCUCGCAAGUCACCGCCCACAUGGCUUGAGUCCGCACGCCCCCCCCCCCCCCCCCCCCACCCCCGGCUCCUCCUCCCCCUUUUCCCUCUUCCACAUGUUGUCGUUUGUACGGACGUCCUGCGUCGUUUGUUUAUGUUGACUUUUGUUGCAACGAGUGGGAGAAAGUGGACACUAAAUAAUAAAGUGUCUUGCCAUGAGGAUUAUUUGAUUAUCCAAAUGAGCAAGACGUGGCCUAUGGCCUCCAUCCCCCUUACGUGGAGAGAGAGCUCAAGAGACUGUGUGUGUGACUGACUGCUGUGACUUGCAAUACUGGGAAUGAAAACUCACUAAGCCACUGGCCAGAGGGUGGCCUAUAGGUAUCUGUCAGCACAUUCACUAGCGUUGUUUCGACAUUUUCCAUUUUUUUGUUCUUUAAUCAUCUAUCAAGAUUGCCUUAUUUUACAUGGAAUUUGUUAGGAGGUGGUCAAAGUUCCACUCUAGGAGGUGGUCAAAGUUCCACUCGAUGCUGGAGGUAGUGGACUGGGCCAGGAACCAGAACCAGAACUCACAGAGAAGCACCUGACGCAUGAGAACCAGAACCAACAUGGAAACCAGAACUAGAACUGUUUGAGCUGCCCCAUUUAGACAUACAGACAGCACUUCAUUGGGAUUGCUGUGCGUGUGUGUGUGUGUGUGCGUGUGUGUGUGUGUGUGUGCGUGCGUGUGUGCGUGCUGUGUGUGUGUGUGUGUGCGUGCGUGUGUGUGUGCGUGUUUGUGUGCUUGCGUGUGUGUGUAUAUUAUGGUGGCAAAUUAAGGAUCAGUUUAUACACUGAUUUUAGUCUGGUAAGGUUUGUUUUACGGGCCGUGUUUAAUAAAAAUGUUAAUAUUUCACACACAAAUUAGUUGUGAUGCACUUGAAAAAUGGACAAGUCACAUUUUGCCAUUUUUUUUGCUCCAACAAUACAUUUUCAGAUUAAGGGCAUCAAUACACAAUCAAUAUAAGUGUUAAUCCAUUAGUACAGCAUAGUAACCAACUAUCAAAAGUGACACAAACAUGAGUUGUAAAGCACCUGUUUGGUCUGUUAUACUGUAACAGUGUGACUGCACACACACACACACACACACACACACACACACACACACACACACGAGAGGCAUCCAGAGUCUGCCUGUCUGGAUCAGCUCACUACAGCACUUUCUAACUAUCUGUCUAAAUGUCUGUCAAACUCAGAGUGUUAUAUUUCACAC